AAAAAAAAAACAGUGGAACGAACGAAAACUCCAAAGAUUGAUUGCGAAGAAGAGAAAGAUGAUGAUCAUCACCUCCUCCAUUGCAUCAUCAUUCCUCUCUUCGUCUCACAAGAAAUUCUCAAUCGAUCUCAAUUCGUAUCGGAACCAUAACCAGAGAUGCUCAAUUGUUUGCUCCUCCGGCGUCAGAACGGCGAGAGUGAUGGCUAUGAACAGAGCUACUACGAGGCAACGGCAGAGUCAAGAAGCCGUGUCCGCCACUGAAUCUAGGGUUUCUCUUGUCUUUGCUCUCGCUUCUCAGGCGUCCUCUGUGUCCCAACGCCGUAAAUUGUUGGCUGAUUUGGUGGUGGAGACUGCGAAAUACGUGUUUCCCAAGAGUUUCAAUAGCUCUAAUCUUGAAGAAGCUUUGAUGUCUGUUCCUGAUCUCGAGACAAUGGACUUCAAAGUUCUAAGUAAAACAGACAAGUACGAGAUUAGAGAAGUCGAGCCUUAUUUUGUGGCUGAGACUACUAUGCCAGGGGAAAAUGGAUUUGACUUCUAUGGUCCUUCUAAGUCUUUCAAUGUGUUAGCUGAGUACCUCUUUGGUAAGAACACAAUAAAAGAGAAAAUGGACAUGACGACUCCUGUCGUUACUCGUAAAGUCCAAUCUGUUGGAGAGAAGAUGGAUAUGACAACUCCGGUGAUAACUAGCAAGGCAAAAGAUCAAAACCAGUGGCGGAUGUCUUUUGUCAUGCCCUCAAAGUAUGGUUCGAAUUUGCCAUUGCCAAAAGAUCCUUCAGUCAAAAUUCUGGAGGUGCCACGAAAGAUUGUUGCUGUUGUCGCCUUCUCAGGCUAUGUUACCGAUGAAGAGAUUGAGAGACGGGAGCAAGAACUAAGGAGAGCUCUUCAAAAUGACAAGAAGUUUCGAGUGAAAGAUGGAGUUUCAGUUGAAGUUGCACAGUAUAAUCCACCAUUCACUCUCCCGUUUAUGCGCCGCAACGAGGUCUCUCUCGAAGUUGAAACCAAAGAAGAUUAGCCCCCUCUUCUCUAGUACAUACAUACAUGUAUAUACAUACAUACACAGUUCAAACAUCUGUGCUAAAGACAAAACGCGUUUACUUGAAUAGUUGAAAAUGAGUAGUAAUUAUUAAUAAAAUGGUCUCUGUGAAGCCAUUUUCUUCA